AGCCACCAAAAUGGAUACAACAGAAUUUCCAAUCACCUCUGAGAUAACGGAUCUCCAAUCGGACACCAUAAUAAAAGAGGAGGAAGAAUUAGAGCAAAUAUUACCAGACAAAUUACCGCUUGACAUCAAAUCCGAAAUGCAUGUUGACGAAGACAUACAAGAACACGUAGACAAUCCGUUUACCAACAUACAGUUGGAAGUAAAACAAGAAACAUUACCCGUAUGCAUAGAGAAAGAUGGUUGCCAAGAGAACGAAGAAGGCGCAAUUCCAAUGAUGCAAGAGUUUGAAGAGAAAUGUGAGGAACAUUAUGUUACCGUACCAAAAACUGAAUUGUUUGAUGAUAAAACUGAUUUGUACGAAGAAAAAACUGACAUUAAGGAAGAAACUGUCUUAGGAGACGAAUCUAUAGUGACAUAUGACUAUCCAAAUUUUGAUGAUGUUACGAGUAUGGAUAGCAAUGAAGCGACUGCUUUGAACCAAGUAGAGGCCUGUUUGCAAGACGAUAUGAAUAUCAAGUGCGAAGAGGAUGAAGAUGAUAAUGACAAAGAAGAGUACGAAAAGUUGAACAUUAAAGAAGAAUCAGAUCUAACAGUAACAGAAACACAUUUGAUAUCAAACAAAGUUAUAAACACUACAUCAACUAUAACAAACCCACACGAUGGUCUCAUAGAGUCAAAAACUACAAAGACAUUAGUCAUGGAGAUACUUCCAAUGUCACAAACCAGUAUGCGAUUCUCCAAGAUUGGGAAUCCAGAAGAAAUCCUUCCAACAACUUAUGACCAUAGUGACAGUUAUAUGGAUUACCAAGAUUCAUUCCAACUAAAUUCCAUCACUGGAAAUGUCCUCUCAUUAGAACAAGAGGCGUACGGUCUUCUCAAAGCCAAAGCGAAGAAGAAAGAGGUCGACGAUCUUGUCCACAGUUGCCCAAAAUGUCCUAAAACAUACCGACAAAAAAGCUAUUUGAAAAAGCAUUUAGCAGUCCACGAUAGUAUUGAGAAACGUGCCCAAGGUCACAUUAGAAGUCAGAUCACAAAGAAAGACAAUAAAAAUAAGAAGCUAAAAGCAGAACUGGAUAGUACAAUUGUGAAAAAAGAGGAAAGAAGUAAGAAGGAGGGUUAUGAGUGUACUUGCGGCCAAGUGUUCCAAAGAAGGAGUCGGAUGGAGACCUGUCUGCGGUCGCAUAAUCUAUUCGACGACACCAACACGUACCCUUGUGUUUCUUGCAACAAACAGUUCAAAGAUAAAGAAGAAUUAUCCCUCCAUCGCAAACGACUGCACAGAAAAAGAUUCCCUUGUAAAUUCUGCCCUACAGACUACAACACAAGGAAAGAACUCUUCAAACAUCUCCAAGACCACCAAAAAGUUCAAUUGAUGGAGUACAAAGUGAUUUCUGAAGUCGUUAAAGGGAAACAAAAACUUAAAUGCUUCAUGUGUCCAAAAAGUUACGUGGAACUGGCAGACUUGAAAUCGCACGUCAUGGAUGAUCACAAAGAACCGUACAGUUGUCCAAGAUGCAAGCGAACAUUCUCGAAAAUUAUUGACUUUGGCAAUCAUACUAAAACUUUCCAUCCAGAAGUAGAAGGCCAGUCAGUGUUAGAUGUUCUAGAAGCCUUUUCGAAAUUAGUAAAGGCAUGGAAAUGCGAGGAAUGUGGCCUACAGUUCCAUGAAGCCGACAAGUUGGCUGUGCAUCAAAUAGAAAAGCAUAGUCCGGAUAUGAAAGUGGAGGCUCAAUUCCAAUGCGCGGACUGUCGAAGAGUUUUCGUCAGUCAGAAAGGUUUAACAUCACAUCGACGGAUACAUCACAGUACAGAGAGUGUGGAAGAAACAGAACCAGUAGAAACGGGCGUAAUGUGUUUAGAAUGUCGGAAGAUUUGUAAAGACAUGAAUGCUUUGCUCUCCCACAUGCGUUUCCACUCUCCAGAAAGGAAAUAUCCUUGUAAAUUCUGCGAUUUUCGCUUCGCCACCCCCGAAAAGCGGAAAGCGCACGCCGAAAUUCAUACAGGCGAUAUGAAAUACGUCUGUUUUAUCUGCGAAUACCAGUGUAGUUCGGAAAAUCGACUAAAACAUCACAAAUUAUCGCCUAAACACAUUAACAUGAAGGAGUUCUUGCUGACUGGGAAGCCGUUACCACAAGAAGCGGAGUCGUCUAAACAGGAUAAAGUGAAAGAGACUUUAAAGAAGAAAGAGUGGGGGAUUAAAGAGAAGAAGAAAAGAGAGAGAGUGAAAAGUGAGUCGUCGGAGUGUAAUGAAGUGGCUUGUGAUAUUUGUGGGGACUUGUUCCCGAGUGAAAGUGAAAUGUUAGAACAUAAACAGACGCACCCAUUCAUCGAGUUCCCAAAUGAAGACAAACCAAGUAGGAUAUUCUUUAAGUAAAAUUAUUCUUGCCUAACUAAACUGUUAUAGUGAUGUUGCUAUAGUUUUUCUUUUGUAAAUAUUAGUAGAAAAAAAUGUGAACCUCCUACCUUUUUAAAGUCACAAAGCACUGCCGUACAAAUUAGAAAAAUAUACUUAUUUUUGUACGUCUUCCAAUGUUGAUGCGUCCUCGAUAACAGAUGGCGCUACUGAUGCGUUAUGUCUUAUAGGCC